GGAGAGAAAGAAACAACUAACAGGAAAUCCGAAUAAUUGACGUAAACAAGAAAUUUCAACAUAUUCUUAGAAGUUUUGCACACUAAUUUGAGGAGUGGAAAACAAGUGCCGUGUGACAAGAUCCUGAAGUGUGUGUUACGUGAAUCCGAUCACCUUAUCUGCCAUGAGAAUCAGACAAACGACGAGGUGAAAGGAUAGUCAUGGGCGAAAUCACGGAUGAUUCCAAUGACUACCUUACAUGUGGAAAAUGUUUAUCAGAAUUCCCUCUGAAGAACAUAGUAACAUUUAUUGAGCACAAGAAGAAAGACUGUGAUGUCAUCUCCUGUGAUGAAACAGAACCAGGUUUGCUGUGUUCCACUUGUUCUAAAGGAUUUAUGACAGCUGUAGGACUUCUGAAGCAUGCGAGAAUCUCCCACAAUCUGCAGCUUUUCCUGGAGAAUGGAUCAUACAGGAAUGGAAUCCUUUCAUCCCGGUCAAGGGAUGAUGACUUUUUGGAUUUGAACGAUGAUGUCCCAGUAAAUCUAGUUACAAGGUCCAGUGGAGUAUCACCGGAUAGUAUAGAGAUAAACUCUGUUGAAGAGAAGCCCCUCCUCCCUGGACAAGUAACCACACAAGAAAUGUCAGAAUGCUGUCUUAGUGGUCUCUGUUCAACUAUUGAUAAUCCUGCAGUUCCUAUACUUAACAUAUCUCCAAACAGUUCACAAAUUGAAUCUCAGACAAUAACAAGAGAAAACCCAGCACAAUUCAGCAUUGAAAAUCCCCCACCAAGUGUUAUGGUAAAUCCAGUUCAGUUUAAUUCAAACAAUUUUAAUGAAACUAACAUAAGAAAUCCUGAAUCCUCAUACCCUGAGAGCUGUAGUGAUAGUAUAGUGGAAGAGGCAGGCUCUGAGGACAGAGAAAACAUGUCAGAAGAGGUUGUACAGAGAGAAGAUGCUUGUUGUUCCAGUCAGAAAUGUGGGGUCACAGUCAUUCCUGGGACCCAUGAGAGUCUCAAAAAGUGCUGCUAUGCUGUGGCUCCUAAGAAGCGUAAAAGACACAUGGAGACUAAACACAUGCCCUCAUACUGGCGGACAAGAUUUAACAGGAGGCGGAUGAUGAGCAGUAGGGAUGCCUCUUUUAGGAGGCCUGCCAGUAGAAAACAAGGCACAAUCUACAUUGAUUUGAAGCCAGAAAGUGGAGUUGUCACUGCAACCCACUCUGAAAAUGAAUCCUCUUCAGAAACAAGGACUUCAAACUUUGACAACAGUUCUGGAGAAAGUUUAGGGAUACAUGUAACAGGCAUGACAAGGGACUCAACAUCCAAGGCAAAUUCCCAGAAACCUAAUCGAGGCAGUUUCUUCAUUAAGCCAAGACAAGUCUUCUCCAUUCCUAUAUCUUACACUAUUCCUGCACAGAGUAUGGAUACAAACAAGACAGCUAGAUAUGAAACCAAAUCAGUCUCCUCUGAAGAACUUGAACAUUCCAGUGAUAGGUUGACACAAAAGGACCAGAACUCUUCCAUAUCUUCAGCUCAGAGUGAUUAUCUCCCUUCUAACUUAGGCAAUACCUCUACUUAUGUGACAUCAGAAUCGCAAGUUUUUGGUAUUGAUCUUCCAUCCAUUAUCUCCCAGGCCACAAGACAAUUUAAUCUAGUUCCCAGCUCCUCAGAUUGCUGUGAGAUGAGUGAAAAAGACACACAGUACAAUGAGGAUGGAGAUGGAAAACUGGGACGGAAGAGAAGAUACCCUACCACCAAGCCAUACAAGUGUGAUCAAUGUGACAAUGCCUUCAAUCAGAGAAUCCACCUGAAGAAACACAUGAGUAAACACACAGGGAUCAAGCCUUUUAAGUGUCAGCAGUGUGAUUAUUCAACAGUAGAGAGGAGUCACCUGAAAGUUCACAUCAGGAUUCACACAGGAGAGAAGCCUUUCAAAUGCACAUUUUGUGAAUAUGCAACAGCACAAAACAGCACUCUAAAAAUUCACCUUAAACGUCACCAUGGCCGCCAAGGAUCUGGUGACAAAGAAGGAGGGCAUUCCCCUAAAGCCCAACAGUCUGCAGCCAAUCAGAGCAGUGUUACCAUGGAAAUGAGUCAAGAUGGUUGCUUUAUUGGCGAUUCAAAUAAAGAAUCAAUGCAAAAAUCUUAGACCAGAAACCUGUUGAUGGAAAGGCAAU